GUCAUUGUACCCUAUUUGGCACGGAAGAUAGUGCCUAGGAAUUAGGCUCUAACCAUUAUUUCCACUCCAGGACGAUCGUGGUUACUUUGAAUUCGGCGUCCUCUACCCCCCGAGGCCAUGGAUCCAGCUGUGGCGAUCGUGUUGGGCCAAGACCCCGCGCCGUUCGAGCAGCUCCUGCAGCGACUGCUGUCCCCGUCGAACGACGACAGAGGCGAGGCGGAGCGCAUAUUUAACCUCUGCAAACAGCAGCCGGACGCCCUCAUUCUCCGCCUCGUCGGCGCGCUGCAAUCCUCCGCAGCCGGCACGGACGUGCGAACCAUCGGCGCGGUGCUCCUUAGACGAGUGAUCACCAAAGACAGCGUGUCGCUAUGGCCUCAGCUGAAUCCCGCGACUCAGGCGACGGUCAAGUCCGAGUUGCUCGCUAGCGUGCAGCGCGAGCCGACGAAGGCGAUCUGGAAGAAGCAGUGCGACACGAUCGCCGAGCUCGCCGCGGGGAUCGUGGAGACAGGCACAUGGCCGGAGCUGCUUCCUUUUAUGUUCCAAUGCGUGUCGUCGCCAGACGACCGCCUGAAAGAAGCGUCGCUGUUGAUCUUCGCGCAGCUGGUGCAUUUCUUCCAGGCGCAGCUCAAGCCCCACCUGCCCACCCUGCACAACGUUCUCCUGCAGUGCCUCUCCCAGUCAGCCAAUCCCGACGUGCGCAUCGCCGCUCUCCGGGCAGCCGCAAAUUUUGUCGAGGCUCUCGAAACCCCCGAGGAGCUGACGCAAUUCCAGGACCUGCUGCCCGGGAUGAUGCAGACGCUGAACCUGGCGCUCCAGAGUAAAGACGAGGCCAGCGCGCAGGAGGCGCUCGAGAUGCUCAUCGAGGUUGCCGGCAUCGAGCCGCGCUACAUGCGCAAGCAGCUGACUGACGUCAUCGCCGCCAUGCUGCAAAUCGCGGAAUCCACGCAGCUGGAGGACGCCACGCGUCACCUCGCGAUUGAGUUCCUGAUCACGCUGGCGGAGGCCCGCGAGCGCGCCCCGGGGAUGAUGCGCAAGGUGCCGCACUUGGUGGGGCGGCUGUUCGCAGUGCUGAUGGCGAUGCUGCUGGACAUCGAGGACACGCCCGAGUGGCACGCCGCGAACGACGAAGAGGAGGAUUCGGGCGAGUCGGCCAACUACGAGGUGGCGCAGGAGUGCCUCGAUAGGCUCGCGAUCUCGGUGGGCGGGAACACCGUUCUCCCCGUUGCGUCGCAGGCGCUCCCCGCGUACGCCAGUGACGCCGAUUGGAAGAAGCGGCACGCCGCGCUCGUGUGUCUAGCGCAGAUCGCGGAAGGGUGCACCAAGGUGAUGUCGAAGAGCCUGGAGUCGGUGGUGGCCAUGGUGCUCGCCGCCUUCAACGACCCCAACCCGCGGGUCAGGUGGGCGGCGAUCAACGCGGUGGGGCAGCUGUCGACGGACCUGGGGCCGGACCUGCAGCAGCAGUACCACGCGCGCGUGCUGCCUGCGCUCAUCGGCGCCAUGGACGACGGCGCCAACCCGCGCGUGCAGGCGCACGCCACCGCCGCCAUCCUCAACUUCAGCGAGGCGGCGACCCCCGAGAUCAUGGCGCCGUACCUGGACCAGCUGCUCAACAAGCUGCUGCACCUGCUGCAGUUUGGCAAGCGCAUGGUGCAGGAGGGGUCGCUCACUGCCAUUGCCGCCAUCGCUGACUGCUCGCAGGAGCACUUCCAGAAGUACUACGACGGCGUGAUGCCGUACCUCAAGACGGUGCUCACGCAGGCGGGCGACAAGGAGCAGCGCAUGCUGCGCGCCAAGGCGGUGGAGGCCAUCAGCCUGGUGGGCAUGGCGGUGGGCAAGGACAAGUUCCGGGCGGACGCCAAGGAGGUGAUGGAGGUGCUCGUCUCGCUGCAGGCCGCGCCCAUGGACGACGACGACCUCACCAUGAGCUACAUGCUGCAGGCGUGGGCGCGGCUGUGCAAGUGUCUGGGCGCGGAGUUCCUGCCCUUCAUGCACGUGGUGAUGCCGCCGCUGCUGCACUCCGCGUCGCUCAAGCCCGACGUCACCAUCUCCGACAUCGAUGACGACACCGCCAACGAUGAUGACGACGACGACAGCGUGGAGACGAUAACGAUCGGCGACAAGAAGAUAGGGAUCCGCACGAGCAUGCUGGAGGAGAAGGCGACGGCGUGCAACAUGCUGUGCUGCUACGCGGACGAGCUCAAGGAGGGCUUCUUCCCCUGGAUCGACCAGGUGGCGCAGCUCAUGGUGCCGCUGCUCAAGUUCUACUUCCACGAGGAGGUCCGCAAGGCCGCCGCUCAGUCCAUCCCCGAGCUGCUGCUGGACGGCAAGCUGGCGGUGGAGAAGGGCGUGGCGCCGGCCGUGACGGUGACGGCGGAGGGCGAGAAGCGCUACCUCAAGCAGAUGGUCGACUUCCUCGUGCCGCCACUCGUCGAGGUCUUGACUAAGGAGCCAGAAGUGGAGAUGAUUGUGGUCAUGCUCGAGUCUCUGCAAGAAUGCAUUCAGCUGGGGGGAGCGGAGCUGAGCGCGGAGCAGGUGGGGCAGGUGGUGGCGCAGCUGAAGGCGGUGGUGGAGGGCAGCCGCGGGCGGCGCAAGGAGCGGCUGGAGCGCACUCAGACAGAGGACUUCGACGAGGAGGAGAGCGAGCUGCUGGACGAGGAGAACGAGCAGGAGGACGAGGUGCUCGACCAGGUGGGCGACUGCAUAGGCGAGCUCAUGCGCGUGUUCAAGGCCAGCUUCAAGCCCUUCGCCGAUGACCUCGCUCCCUUCGUGCUGCACAUGAUGGACAAGAGCCGGCCAUCCACGGAGCGGCGUGUGGGCAUCUGCAUCUUCGACGACCUGGCGGAGAACAUGGGCGACGCCGCUGCCAGUUACUUCCCCGCCUUCCUGCCUCACAUCCUUGAAGCCGUCCUCGACCCCCUGCCCGAGAUUCGACAGUCAGCAGCGUAUGGCAUCGGCAUCUGUGCACAGCAUGGGGGGGCUGCCUUCACACCAUAUGUACCAGACACAGUGGCGCGGCUGGGGCAGGUGGUAAGCAGUGCGGACAGCAAGGGCGAGCUGAGUGUCUCAGCCACGGACAACGCCAUCUCCGCGCUGGGCCGCCUGUGCGAGCACCAGGCGCAGGCGCCCUUUGACUCGGCGCACGUGCUCUCCGUGUGGCUCGCUUACCUGCCCAUCCGCGAGGACCGCGCCGAGGCCAAGGUGGCGCACGCGCAGCUCUGUGGCCUGCUGGAAAGGUCGGACCCUCGCAUUCUCGGCCCCAACAACCAGAACCUGCCCCACAUUGUGGGCGUGCUGCUUGAGGUGCUCAAGGCCGGCACGGACCUGGCAACGGAGGAGACAGCCAAGCGAGCAGUGACGUUGCUGCGGAGCCUACCAGCGGAGAUAGUGGGGGCACUACCACCCGAGCAGCAAGCUCUCUUGCAGCAGGCCGUUCAGUCCGCUUAGAAGCCCCAAGUGCAAUGUAUUCUGUGUGAUUCAUAAAAGCAGGUUAUGUCACGUGUCUAGCUUACUGUAGUCCAAGUAGUUUUAUAUUUUCCUGGCCCAAAUUAGGGCUCAAGGAUUAUUGGAGAGGUGUGCUAUAGCCUACUAGUUGUAGGUAGAUCUAGUGGUGGUUUGAGUAUUUUGUAUACCUUUGGUUUCUAGUGUUCCUGUGUUUUG